CGCAAAGACGGGAGUGAAAUGCCGGGGAAUGCAUCAUAAUGAUGUAUGAUGUUAUAUGAUGUACUCACAUGAUAGUAUUUUAUUAAAACCUCAAUGAUAAAUGUUUUCAAAGACAUAAAUAACAAAUAGGUGUGCAGAAAAAGAAAUAUAACUUCCAAAUUAUAUUCUACGCGGAUAGCGAUUUGACACUUGCUGUGUUCCUGGGCACUUCCGGAGGGAAUGGCUGAAGCAACUUAUUCUGCAGAGCAGGUAGGCCAGCUCCUGCAGUGUCCCGUGUGCCUAGACAGAUUUAACAAUCCCAAGAUCCUACCAUGCCAGCAUACCUUCUGUGUUUCUCCAUGCUUAGAGGGACUUGUUAAUCAAUCAUCAAGAAGCCUUAAAUGUCCAGAAUGUCGCAAGGAGCACAAAUUACCAUAUGCUGGUAUUAGUGGAUUUCCAAAUAAUCUGACAAUAUCACGCUUUCUUGACUUGCCUGCACAGUCAAGGGAACCACCUGAGGAGAAUCGUAAUCUUAGCCAGAACCAAUGUCGUGUAUGUGAAAAUGAAGCUGACUUAUCUAAAUGUGUACAUUGUGAUAAAAUGGUCUGCUCCUCAUGUAAAGAAUCCCAUGUGAGUGAAAUGAGACUUGAAAUAGGACGACUUGUGAAUCAAAUAAGAAAUGGAUUACCAAAAGUGAGUGAAUCAAUAAGCACUGUUGAAAACAAACAAGAACAAUUGAAACAAAUGUGUGAAGGUGUCAAAAGUGAAAUAAAUAACUCUGUUGAAAGACACAUCCGUGAUUUAAAACAAAGACAAAAGUUACUUCAGAGUGAACUUGAUACAUUUUUGACUGGUGAGCAAAGAUCACUGCGGUUACAUCAGGAGUCAUUAGAGGUUCAGUUAGCAAGUAUUUCAAGCUCUUGUGACUCUAUUGAGACAAAGCUUAACACAUCUAACAAUACCAUCCAAGACUCUGCUCUUAUAGCAUUUAAAAACCAGUGUAAUGAGUCCAUGGAACAAAUUAAAAAGCUUGAUCAAAACUCAGCUCCUCAACCAAAGCCUGUCCAUUUCAAAGCAAAUGAUUCACCCCUGCAAUCCUGCAUUUCAAACUUUGGGGAAGUGACCUGGGUUACACCCUCAAGUAAUACAAGAUCUAAUGAUCAAGUCCAACGCAUUCUCCCUUUAGACACUGUUGAAUCAAACACAUUUGGGAAUAACAUGAAUAAUAUUUUUCGAUCUGAGGAAUCUCUUGUACCAAAUAAUGCAAGGUCAAGAAAUACUAUUCCACCCACACGAAGACUUGAUUACAUGUUUAAUGCAUCUGAAUUUGACUCUCGGGGAAUAGGUGGCACUUUACCAGCUCCACGGCAAUCACAUCCUCCAAGUAGAGCAAAUCAAACUAUAGGUGGCGGUAAUGGUCCUCGCAGGCGAGAUGACCGUUACCGGGACAACUUCAUCCAUCAGAAUCAAAGCAGCAUAUUUGGUGGCUAUGACCCAUUUGCUCCAAGUUUAGAUAAUCCAUUUGGUAAUGAAACUCACAAUCGAAUUACCACGUCAUGGGAUUCUCCUUUAGGAGGGACUGGUAGUCGACGAAACAAUCAGAAUAACCAAGACUCUGGGUACAUAAGCUCUUGGAAUGCAGGAGCUGGAGCUACCACGCCAACACCGAGACAUACUAAUCAAUCAUCCAAUAAUACACGACAGACCCAUUUACCCAAUCCAAGACAGAGCGACAUCAGUCCAAGAACAAAUGUUGCAACACAGAGAAGAAUUGCAGCAGCCCAGGCAGCACAAAGAAGAUCAGAGAACCAACAAGUGCAAAACAAUACAACCCGUAAUGAAGCUGUUAAUAGAACCAGGAAUCAACAUGCUUCAUUAAAUCCAAAUAUUCAAAACAGAAACCCAGCUAGUAAUGCCUCCUCAACAACAAACAGUAAUAGGAAUGAAGGAGUACCUUCCAUUGCAGAUAAUAGAAAUGCCCUUGCUAAUACAACCACCAAUGUGACAAAUAAUAGAAAUACUAUUAACAACAGUUCCAAUGCAACAAAUACAUUUGGGAACAGUCCAGGAUACAGACUUGGUACAAGGUCAGAGAACACUUCUCAAAGUUCCACAAACCAGUCCUCUAAUUCCGCACCUCCGCCAACGCAUAAUGAUAUAGAAAACCAGACUUUACCUGUGCGAAACCAGAACAGUGGUUCAUCAACUUCAGCUCCUACAAUGGUCAGGAGUGGGACAUUUGUUCGUGAUGAAGGACCAUCUAACUCCAACAGUAAUAACAUGCCAAGGGUUACAGACCAAGGAAUGAGUUUUGAAGUUAAUCUUGGAACUUCAGCUGGAGCUACAAACCAGCCAAGAAGAAACAGAGGACCAAGAGGUGUUGCUUUCAAUGUUGGACUGUAAACGCUGGGACAUUAUUUUUUGAAAAUACAUGUAAGAUGAAAUGUGCAAUACAUUGUGUUAUUUAAUUAUCAUGUUGGUCUGGUGACCCAUGUAAUGAGUAAAUAAAUAUACUAAAUAAACCUAACAAGGAAGGCUUUUCCAAGGUCGGGUAAUGUCUAUUUUAUCAUGGAAUUUAACUGGGAACAAGGCCCCUCUGUUUUUGUAAAAGCUUAUGGGCAUUGAGAUGAUGCCUAAGCACUUUAAUAUUUAACAAUACAGAGUUCAAAUUCAGUGCUUUCAAAAUAUUACAAAAUAUAUAAGUGCUUAACUGUGUUAAUGCAAAAAAAUCUGAGGGUCGAUCCAAAAUUGAUGUCAAAAUUGGAUUGAUUAUGUUUACUGAACAAUGAAUUCUAUUGACCCUAUUGACAUAUUUUGUGGGCAUGUAUCUUGUAAGCUAUCAUGUAUAAAGCAAUAAGAGGAUUAUUUAUGUGUGUUUUUGAAUAAACCUUUUAGAUCUGUAACUAUUUUAUGAUGCAAAACACCAUAUUUUGCUUUUAUAGAAAUAUAAUUUACUUUACUUUACAGAUAUAUGUAAUUUUGUGUAGAUUAGUGCAAUAUGAAUCUAUGCCAUAAAUUGUGUUGUAUAUUUUUGAUAGUCACUUACCUGCUUAGAAUAGUAUAGAACACAUUUAUAAAAUCCUAUUGUUAUUUUAGGAAAUGUGACUUAUUAAAUUGCCAAUUUGCUCAAGGUAUUUCACAAAUUGAUUGGUAUCUUAUAAGAUCGAUGUGAAUUAGUAUGUAACCACAUGUGAUUUGGUAAACUACCACUGAUGACUUUGAAUGUACCACUGGAGAUUUGGUAUGCUACCACAGUUAACUUGAUAUUAUACCACAAGUGACUUGAUAACCACAACUGACUUAUUAUGUUACCACUGGUGAUCUGAUAUACUACUUGGCAAAAUACCAUCCACAGGUGACUUUGUAAAUUAUUACCUGAAUUCACCGUCAUCUUUAAAUAGUUAAAUGCUACUUGACAGUUUAAUGCAAUCAUGAAAUAAAUAGAAAGUGAAUAUAAUUCUUCUUUGUCCAUAGUUUUUAUCUUUAACCAUCUUGGCCC